AAGUUGAAAACCCUAGGAAAAAACCCACAUCAAACCAAAGCAAAAGCAGUGAUAAUGGCGGUAGGGCUUAGGCAGUUCACGGCGAGGACUGGAAACGGUGCCGGAGAGCCAGUUCUGGACACGGAUAACGGCGAGGAGCUUGUUAACGUCCAACCUUCCGUCUCCGUUGCACUUGGAAAUCGUGCCCCAGAAUCCCCGGGCACUCUCUACAUCACUACCAGGCAAGUCGUUUGGCUGAGUGAUUUGGACAGAACAAAGGGCUACGCCGUUGAUUUCUUGUCUCUGUCGUUGCACGCCGUUUCAAGGGACCCCGAGGCCUACUCUUCUCCCUGUAUUUACACUCAGAUUGAAACAGAAGAUGAUGAAGUGGAAGAUGAGCCGGAGGACUCGGAUUCAGAAUGCAGUGAGGUUUUAGAUCUAUCCAAGAUCAGAGAGAUGAGGCUUAUUCCUUCAGAUGCUAGCCAAUUGGAUACACUGUUUCAAGUAUUAUGUGAGUGUGCUGAACUGAAUCCGGAGCCUGUCGAAGAAGAAGAAGGGCAUAACUGGAUUUUCAGUGCUGAUCAGUUGGAAGAUGGAGCUGAAGAGAGCGAUGGCGUGGAAUGGAAUUUGUCCCAGAAUCCGGCGAACACAAUCGGUCAUUCUAAUGGUCAUCAUGACCUAUCUCGCAAUGUGCUUGAGCUUCAAAUCAACGAUCAACGCUUUGAGGAUGCAGACGAGAUGGAAGAAGGUACUGAUAGCGGGCAUCAGCAGCAGCCACGGUGAGCAACCUCGUGAUAUUUGUCGGUCGAUCCGUAUGCAGGAAUAUCAAUGAAAGGCAAAGCUUGUGUUGCAUUUUAAUCGAUUUUGUGUCUUUACCCUAUGUUGUAUAUUAAUAGUUAACGACUCGAACUGAGACUCGAGUAUUUUCUUUUUCGAGAAAGUCGUGUUUUUAAGUUAUCGUUCUUUGUUUUGUCAUUCAUGUAUAAGACAGUGGAUGUAGUAAAGAAAACCAGAUGAACACUUGCAGUCAUCUGAUCAGUGAA